AUGUAUUUUGAAAACGAAUCAGACUGCGCAAGUUAUAUGAUCUUGUUUCUAUUGAUUAAUAUUAUCACCUGUGGUUUAAAGGAAGCUGAAAAUUUUGCUGAUCGUCCAACAACGAGAACAAUUUUGUGUAAGAUCGUACUUGUGAAGUCUCGUGAGCAAAAUGGCGUAAUUUUCAGCACUAACUAG